UAGAAUGGCCCUGUUAAAGUUCUGAGAAAAAAAUCUAGCUGAGAAUGUCAAGCAGGACUUAGAACAUUUAUGUCGCUUUCCAUCCAAUCCGGUUGAUCUUGAGCUACAUAAAUUCAGUGUCCAGAUGUGCAAAGCUGACAAAGACAAAGGCAUGUAUUUUCCCCCCUUCCACUUAAUUAUACACUACUUUGUGUUUAUCACACAAUCCCAAUGAAAUACAUUCCAUAAAUAUGGACUUUUUUGUAGAAUGUUUGUUACUCUCAAGUAAAUCGUGAUGAUUUAAAACAUUUAUGUCAGUGUAUGUGUGUUGUAUUGUUGUGUUGACAUUAGUCAUACUUCAGCCCCCUCCUCUCCUCCCUCCUCUUCUCAGUCACCGCUGACACCUGCGACUCGUUUCGUUUGUGCGCACGAGAAUGCUGCGCCAAAAAGGCAGAAUCCUAUUUUUUAAAAAGAGGUUAUUGAUUUCAAGCCAAUCGGAAACGACAAUAUAUAUGUAUAUAUAUAUAUAUGUAUAUAUUCUCCGUCUAAAUGGAUCCCAGCAGCAGCAGCAGCAGCAGCAGCAGUAGUCCUGCGGUGGCAGCAGAUGAAGACGAAGCCGUCCGCUUUGCGCUCCUCAGAGCCGGAGUUCUGGGGUUAAUUUUUGUGUUCGCCACAUGUGGCAACCUUUUCUUCUUAGUCACCCUGUGGAAGAGGAGGAAGAGGAACUCGCGGACCCAGCUUUUCCUCUUGCACCUGUGUCUGGCGGAUCUGGUGGUGGCCUUUUUCCAAGUCCUGCCGCAGCUUUCCAUGGAAAUUACGCACAGGUUCCGCGGGACGGACUUCCUCUGUCGCCUCGUCAAGUACUUGCAGGUGGUCGGGAUGUUCGCCUCCGCCUACAUGAUUGUGGCCAUGGCUAUUGACCGCUACCACGCCGUUUGCAAGCCCAUGGUCUCCUUCCUGGAGGGCUCCUUCCGGAGGUACAUCUCCAUAGGCGCAGCGUGGCUCACCUCGCUCCUCUUCAGCUCCCCGCAGCUCUUCAUCUUCUCCCUCCAGGAGGUGCAGGUGAGCCUGCAUGACUGCUGGGCGACGUUCGUCGAGCCCUGGGGGAGCAGGAUCUACAUCAGCUGGAUCACUCUGGCGGUGUUCGCGCUGCCCGCGGUCAUCCUGUUGUUUUGCCAGAUGAGGAUAUGCACAACCAUCUACUUCAACAUGAAGAGGAAGGCUCUGCAGUCGGGGCGCGCGGGCACGAAGGGGGUCUCCAACGCGAUGCUCAAGACGCUGAAAAUGACUUUUGUGAUUAUAAUGGCGUACACGGUGUGCUGGAGCCCCUUUUUCGUCGUGCAGCUGUGGUCGGCGUGGAGCCCGAGCAGCGCGCCGACGCAAGGUCCCAUAUUUUCAAUUAUCAUGCUGCUCGCCGGUCUCAACAGCUGCACAAACCCUUGGAUAUAUCUCUACUACAGCUGAAAGGAAAAAGAAACAAUCAAUUGGACAGCAUAAGAAAAAGAGACAUAAUUAACAGGGUUUCCACAGAUUCCCCACCUGUGACGACUGAGGUGAAGCGAUCCUUUGUUGAACCGCGUGGAGAAGACUUUGAGGAAGAAAGACACGCUUGUUUGUGUUCUGUUGGCGAAAAACAUCCUCUCGCUCCUUUGUGCAAAAGAGAGAGGUGUAUAUUUAGCAGACUGCGGGGAAACCGGCAAAGGAACGGAACGCAAAUAUAUUCAAACGCGCUUAAUCUUUUCAGAAGGCGCUGCAGUGACAGCAUGGAGGAUUGUCUCCUGCUGGACGAAGAUAAAACAGAAAUGAGCAAUCAGAGACAUAAACAUUCAGGUUUUUUUUUUUAUUAUUCCUGUUGGUGUGUAACUAUGGGUAAACAGGACAUGUGGAGGCUGGGAGUAGAAACUGGCAUGUCAAAAUUCAGUUUUCAGACAUAAGUGAAAAUAAAUUGUCACGUCUAGAAAGUUGACUUUGCAAAUGUACUUUAAUUUCAGUUUUGAAGCAAGGCAUUUCUUACUUAUUUCAGUGUUUCAUAUAAAAGACAUGUAAGCGCUUUCAGCUAGAAAACACCGUUCAGACUUUGACUGGACAAUACGCUAUUGUUAAAUAAUUGAUAUUUUCCAACAUCUUUCAUGAUUACUAGAAAAUCUAAGAUUUAUUUUUGCGAGCAUUUUAGCCAAGUUUGUAUGUGUUGCUAUGGUUGACCCCUAAAAGCAUCACAUACAUUCUUGGCAUUAGGAAUGAUGUAAACCGUUUUUUCCCCUCAAAAGAUUAGGCUUUUCAUAAAAACAUAUACAUCAACAUGUAGGUAUUUUACCUCAUCUCCCAUUGACUUCUAUACAAAUUCCAUUCUAAAUAUUUCACAGACAGGUCAAAGAUAAAACUCCCAUCUCUGAUAUUAAAACAAUGCAGGACCAUGAGCUUCGACCGGAUUUGCUUUCUGAUCGUCCUUCCUCUUCAUGGGAUAACAUUCAUCACUUUCACACACACACACAAAAAAAAGAAGUUUGUUGGAUAAAAAGACACCACAAAUAUGAACGCAGACAAUGUCACCAUUAGAGUAAUUGAGCAGCGUUUAUUGUAGCCGUCAAGAAGUUCCUUUUGACUUCUUUCUCGAAAUUCCUGACACACAUUCUUACUUCUACCUACUUCAAAAUGUUUUGUCUGAAAGGUUUACCGUCUGUUCAACCAAGGCAAAGAUCUGCAUUUAUAUGAAGUCAAACCAGGUAUAUUUAUGAGUCAAGAGUUUCUCAAACCUACAUACCCCACAGGAUGAUGGAACUUCCAACAUAAAAGGUUCUCCUUUUGCUGGAGAACCUUCCAUUUUGGUUGCGCCGUCGGCAUGACGACUUCUUUUUCCCGCAGCUGCACACUUCACCAGACCGACUUGAUUCCCGUUUUGAAUAUGAAUUACGUUUCCUUUUCCAUUCCAGCGACGCCUAUGGCGCAAUAGUUUGCCUUAUGUGUUGUUUUCCCUUGCACCUCACAAGCCCAUCCAUGUCUGCCAAUUUGCGGCAGCCCGUCAACAGCACGUGCCCAUUAGCGCGUGUGGCGCGGCUGUGUCACAAUAUAAAUGAUCUAAUUUGCCGUAGAAAUUCCCAUCAAGUCAACACAGAGAAGAAACGUGUCCAAUUCGAAACGAAUGCUGAUUUUCGCGUCAGGUAAAAGAAAAAGAAGGAUAAAAAUGUUCUCGGUGUAACCCGAGAGCCUGUGGCACUUUGUUUUAUAUCUGCUUCAAAUAAGAUUAGCUAUCUGAUGCAGCCAAAAUACAACUGUGACCAACUCACAGCCCGAGGGUGGAGAAGUGGGAGAUAAAUCCUGCUGCAGGUUUGUGCUCGUGUAAUUGCAUUGUACAAAACCAUCACUACAGACUUAAUGGGAGGAGGAAGAGGGGGCUUUCUGAGAUGCCCAUGUUUAAAGGAAAACAGCAAUUUAUUUCAAAAAGGCCAGAAUAUGAAAGCAUAGUAGCGACGGGUGAUGUGGCGUACUUUGUCGGGCGGUGUUCACCCUUUGCUUCUUUUAGCUUUAGCAUCGAUGCACAUCAGCCUCAUUUUCACUUUGAAGCCCACUUGCAAAUGUUUGAAGCUAAUUUUUAAGUGAAGGAUGCAGAACAUUUUUUUAUUUUUGUGAUGCAUCCUAAAAAACGUCAUUAGAGCAGACAUGGCUGUCAAUAUAUUCAACCCAGGCUUUUGAUUAGCUUUAAACCUACUUGCAAUUUCUUCCAUCAAAAGUUUUUUCAAGUUUUCCAUGACCUCAGCUUGACCUCAACCAAUCCUGUUAGCUGUUUUAUUAAAAAUUUAUUUAUUUUUCUACCUAAUCGAAUUGCAAACAGGCAGAAGCUGCUUCCUGGAAAAGCCUCGCUAUCUUCUUAUGGCCUUGUCAUGCUUGGUGGGCAUCAAUUAUUCAAAUUUCCAAAGUGUUAGGCAGAAGCUUGGAGGCGCACUAGCGACUGAUGGUUGAGCAGAUGCAAUGUGACAAGUAAGAGUAUUUAUACCGGAUUUAUAAACACCUGGGUCUUAAACCUUGAGAAAAACAUGCGAGAGAGAGAGAAAAAAAAUCUAAAUAAUUCAUUCUUUUAACUAGUUUUUGUACCAACUUGUCACAGCAGUUGUAUUUUUAAAAAAUGGUAGCAUACCACUGUGGUCAAGGGAUUCGUGAUACAUCAGCUGUUCCAUUAAAAAUAAUAUCCCCAGAGUUACAAAAUUAAAAUGGAAAUAAUUGCACAAUUAUUUCCAGGGUAACACAGCACUUAACCACCGGCGCUGUCUGCAAGCCGCAGGUUGCUGCAAUGAAUCAUCAAAGUGGCUUAAGUAUUAUGAAGUUAAAAAGGGACAGAUGUGACAAAGCAGAACAUCCAACAACAAAGAAAACAGCACUGAGCACGAAUGAAUAGAAACGGUUAUUCAGUUAGUUUUACUCAAUUAAAGUGCUUUUUUAAAAUAAUAAACACGCAUAACUACUUUUUU